UUUAGAGUUAUAGUGUGCUCUAUCUCUCAUAAAAAAAUGUUCUAGUGAACCAAAGUCAAAAGCCCAACCAUGAUUAGUAGAGGUUGUAGAGGCAUUAUCAAAGAAACAUGAAGAAGGCGCACUAUCCACCAUAUAAGUCUGUGGAGUGGAUGGUUGUUGAGAAGAUUGAGAUGAUUAAGAAACAAGAGGACAAUCACAAGCUUGGUGAUUCAUCUUUCCACACCACUGACAAAAAAUCACAGAUGAUGGUGUUGGAAGCAGAGGAGGUUGAGAUGUUACCAAAAGCAAAGGAGGUUGAGAUGUUACCAGAAGCAAAGAAGGUUAAGGGGGGGCGAGCGCCCCCCCUCGCGCCCCUCUGGCUCCGCCACUGCUUUGUGGUAAAAUGCGUUUUGAAACACUAUAAGCUUGAUCCAGGCCAACCAAAAUCACGAUCAGAUACAGGAUCCUUUAUGGAAUAUAACUUAUCUGCAAUUUUCUUGGCUUGUUGAAGAUAUUCAAGCAUAAAUUGAUUUGGCUCCUUUUUAAGUGCAACAUAUUCUUGACGAUAUAAAUAGCAUUUGCCUCAAGUUUAUCAUGGUAGGCUAGCUCAAUUGCAUCCCAGGCUUGUUUAGUUGUAAAAGAUCUACUUGGUUGAAUAAUAAAUUGCAAGAUCUCAGAUGAAAUUGUUGCUUGAAUCUAGGUGAGAAUUUGAUAAUCAAUCUACAUCCAUUGCUCAAAACUUGGAUCUGUUAUAGGAGGACAAGGAUCAGAUCCAUCUAGAUGACCAAAAACUCCUUUGCUGUGAAUGAAAGGAAUCAUCAACUCCUUCCACAAAAUGUAAUUAUGAUGAUGAAGAACUUCAUAAACAAAGUUUUUAAUG